CGCCAAUACCCAAAUCUCACCGAGUCCACCCAUUCGGGGACUCGAUUCUUCCUCUACACGCUUCGCUUCCAUCUCUCAAACCCUAGGGUUUAUGUUUUCAACUUCAAUCAAUCACAAACUCUACUUCACUCACAAAUCUUUCCACCAAAUUCAUGGGUUCUGAAUCAAUCGCAGCAGUCACUGUUUCCAAGUCAUCUUCGUCCUCUGGUGAAAAGUGCUUCCCUCCUGGUUUCCGGUUCCAUCCGACCGAUGAGGAACUGAUUCUGUACUAUCUGAAAAAGAAAAUCUGCGGUCGAUCACUCAAGCUUGAUGUCAUCGGCGAAAUUGAUGUUUGUAAAUGGGAACCAGAAGAGUUGCCAGGUAAAGCUAAAUGGAAAACCGGUGGUUCUUUUUUACUCAUCGCGAUAAGAAGUAUUCUAAUGGAGGAAGAUCAAACAGGGGGACAAAACACGGUUAUUGGAAAGCCACCGGAAAGGAUCGUCUCAUUAAGCACUACUCACGCACAGUUGGAUUAA